GCUAGCGUAAGUAAGUAAAAACGAGUAACGUAGCGUUAGUAGACAUUUUACAUAAUCGAUUGAUAAGAAAGAAACAGCGUAUGUGUAUAAUAUAAAUUAAAUUGCGUGAAAUUGUCGAUUAACCACUAUUUCUUGUAUUUUUAGUAUAAUAACCAUCGUUACUACUGAAUUUACGCAUCUUUUCUCAAUAAUCAAGAAUGGCAGACAAUGAACAGAAAGCACAGCAGCUGAUAGCUGAAGCGGAAAAAAAGUUGAAUUCAUCGAGAACUUUUCUUGGAUCACUGUUUGGAGGUUCGUCGAAAGUGGAAGAUGCUGUCGAAUGUUAUCAACGGGCUGGUAAUCUAUUUAAGAUGGCUAAGAAAUGGGGAUCAGCCGGACAAGCUUACACUGAAGCUGCCUUAUUGCAUUUAAAAGCUGGUAACCGACAUGAUGCUGCUACUAACUACGUAGAUGCGGCCCAUUGUUUCAAAAAAUCUGACCUAAAUGAAGCCGUGAAAUGUUUACUCAAAGUUAUUGAAAUCUACACUGAUAUGGGUCGCUUCACUAUGGCUGCCAAACAACAUCAAUCCAUUGCUGAAAUGUACGAAACCGAAUUUGUGGAUUAUGAGAGAGCCAUUCAUCAUUAUCAGCUAGCUGCUGACUAUUUUAGAGGUGAAGAGAGCAAUGCCUCGGCAAAUAAAUGCAUGUUGAAGGUUGCACAGUACUCGGCGCAAUUGGAAAAUUAUCCUAAAGCAAUUCAAAUUUAUGAAGAGAUCGCUCAAUCCUCCUUGGAUAGUUCAUUGUUGAAAUACAGCGUGAAAGAAUAUUUUUUCCGAGCUGCGUUAUGCCAUAUGUGUGUUGACAUGUUGGACGCUUCACGUGCCGUAUUACGUUACAUCGAAUUAUAUCCUGCGUUUCAAGAUUCGAGAGAAUUCACAUUAUUAAGAGUUUUAAUGGAUCAUAUUGAAGAGCAAAACGCCGACGGAUUUACAGAAGCGGUUAAAGAUUAUGAUUCCAUUUCUCGUUUAGAUCAGUGGUACACAACGAUUCUGUUGCGAAUCAAGAAACAAGUCAAUGAGAACCCAGAUCUGCGUUAAAGAAGGGUUGCUUCAAUGGAACGGUGUAACAUGAAGCAUUGCGCGGUAAAAGAAGAAACGCUUGCAUCAUUUGUGCUGGUCAGUCGCAUUGUAUUACUAUAAGAACAUUUCUCCUCUUUCCUAAUUCUUAAACUUCGUAGAAAACAUAUUUGCUUUCUGUAGGUACAAACAUGAAAAAAAUCUGUAAAAAUCUAAGGAAAUAAUUAACUUUAUGUGAUGUGUAUGUAUCAUGCAAGUUUUCUUUUUUCUUUUCCAGUAGUUACCUGUACUUACGAAAGUAUUUUUAAAUAUGUUCAAUUUUCUAACGGUCAUCUUUCUAAUCUCUUCAGUCACACGCAUUAAACGAUGUUUAAAUUUGAAUAUAAUAAAAGCAAAAUAAGGUACACAACAUAUAACAUAAUACUUCUCGUUGCUUCAGUUUGUUGUAUUAUCGUUUUAUCUUUUUUUUUUUUUUUUUAACCAAUAUUGGAUUAACUGUUAGCAAAUCCAGUUAUUUAUGUCGAAUAUUAUGAAAGCAUCAUGAGAACUUGAAGCACAGUCUGUGUCUUAUAUAUCACUUUCUUUCUCACCUUGAUGAAAUGUUUUGAGUAAACUUCGAAAUUAUAAUUUUUAUAAUCUAUUUAAAUAUUAUACAGUUUGUAUUAUAUACCGCCGGAUGGGUAUAAAAUAAUGUGAAAAGAAAUUUUGUAGCUUUUCUAAAGAAGAAAAAAAUACAAUUGAAAUAUCAUUUUUCAUCGAAUUUUAAAAGUAGUAUUUCAGUGUACAGAGAAAAUAAUUAUGAAAAAAUUUUCGUGUUUUGCAAUUGGUUUGUAUGUUUAAUUUCGUGUAUAUUUUUUGCAAUAUUUUUUCAACGUCCUAAUCCUAAAAACAAGUAUUGUAAGAAUUUUAAAAUUUUAUUAGAUAAUUCUAAAUACGGUCGCGAUUCACCGAAAAUUCAUUGAAGAAGAUGAUAAUUGCUAUGAUUACUGUGGGUUUAGUUUUUUUUUAUUUCAAUGUAGUUUCUAAAGCGUGUAAGGUAGACUUUAUUUUGAGUAGUAACGAAUCAUGAAUGAUAUUUUCCUCACAGUUCAACUUUAAUUAAGAUUAAAGUUGAGUAAAAUGUAGCGAAGAAAAUACACGCUAAAAAUUUUUACAGGAAAUAGUUUUUAUUGUUUGAGUCGUGAUGUGAUAUGAACUCAAACAACCUGCAUAAACCAAUGUGUUAUCGUGGUUCAAAAAGCAACCGUUUCAUCAACUUCGUAUGAAUAAUGUUUCGCUAAUAAUUCUCGUACCUAUUUAUUGAUAUUCGUAUUUACGUAAUUACUUCAUUGAAUGAUGAAUUUGAUUUCUUUUUUUAUUACGUUUAUUAUCAUUACUAUUGUUUUUAAAUACAUAUAGGUAAUCGUGACAUUAAUGUAUUUUACUUUGUGCAAUUGCUGUAGAGUGUUAUUAAGAUAGUAUUGUACACGGUUUCGUUCAUCAUUCCUUUUGUUUUAUAAAUAUUUAUCUAAUUCUGUGGCUUUUUGCUUUUGAGUACGCUGUGUAUGUUUAAUUUUUGUUUCUAUAUAUUAACAUGCGAAAUAUCUACCUAUGUCUUUUUUUCUUUCUAUUAUUUUCGUUUGAUUUUUUUGUUACGAGAAAUAGACAUCCUCUGUUA